AUAGUAUUUGAUAUCCGUAGCCCGUUUUUUUACUGAGUCACGCAAUCCUCUCUCUGUCUUCUGUGUCUCUCUCUCUCCCUCUGCCGAGUCCAAGUACUGCUCGACUCGGUUCCAGCUCACGUUCUCCUCUUAUUCGAUUCGAACUCGAACGCGCAGUCACGCUCUUCAUACUGCUCUGUUCUUCUCUUUGUGAUUCCAUGGAACCCUAUCAAUCACAUCCUGUCUCGAACCUCCUUCGUCAGCCGUUGAAUUUAUAGAAAUCUUAAGAACCCUUCUGCGUUGACUUUUGCUAUUUUUCAGUGAAUCGAAUGGCUUGGUAUCAUUGUAUUGUGCUUUCUUUUUCACUCGUCUGUUUAGUGCGUGCUCUUGACGCAAGUGCUGGUGAUGCUGAUCCGAUUUACAAGGCCUGUGUAGAGCAGUGUGAGAAAACUGGAUGUGUGGGAAGGAUAUGCUUCCAACAUUGUAAAUUUUCAUCUGAUGGAAAACCAAUUGAUGGACCAUGGUAUCUUCAAGAGCCACUUUAUCUGCAAUGGAAACAGUGGGACUGUCGCAGUGAUUGUCGAUACCAUUGCAUGGUUGCCAGGGAGGAAGAAAGACAGAAAUUUGGUGAUAAGCCUGUCAAGUAUCAUGGGAAAUGGGCAUUUCGACGUGUUAAUGGAAUUCAGGAACCUGUUUCUGUUGCUCUCUCUGCACUAAAUCUCGCCAUUCAGUUCCAUGGUUGGGUAUCAUUUUUCAUCCUUGUAUACUACAAGCUUCCAAUGAGGCCAAAUAAGAAGACUUAUUAUGAAUAUACUGGCUUGUGGCACAUCUAUGGGAUCCUAUCAAUGAACUCUUGGUUCUGGAGUGCUGUUUUCCACAGUCGAGACGUUGAGUUGACAGAGAAGCUAGAUUAUUCUUCUGCUGUGGCUUUAGUUGGGUUUACCCUAAUUCUAGCAAUCUUGCGAGCUUUCAAUGUGAGAGAUGAGGCUGCAAGGAUCAUGGUUGCGGCUCCUUUGAUUGCAUUUCUUACGACGCAUAUCAUGUAUCUGAACUUCUAUAAUCUUGAUUAUGGCCUGAACAUGAAAGUUUGUGGAGCCAUGGGUGUAGCUCAGCUACUCAUUUGGGCAGUUUGGGCAGGUUUCACUCGACAUCCAUCCCAGUGGAAGUUGUGGGUGGUGGUUGUGGGUGGAGGUCUUGCCAUGCUCUUGGAAAUAUACGACUUCCCACCAUAUCACGGAUUUGUUGAUGCACACGCUCUUUGGCAUGCAAGUACCAUCCCACUUGCGUACCUUUGGUGGAGCUUUGUCAGGGAUGAUGCUGAGUUUAGAACAUCAAGUCUCCUCAAGAAAAACAAGUAGCAUUUCCUCUUCCCAAUUCAUGAAGUAGAGGAUGGAUUGUGUCAAGCACAUUGCAGGCUGUGUGUCGAACAACUGAAGAAGUGUUCUUUUUCCUGUGCAUGCAUUUCCCCUGAUGCUUAAUAUGGCUUGUCCAUUCACCUUGUGUUUCUUAUGAUGGUGAUCUAUUGUUUCCACUGAAAAUUUGGUAUACAUUUCUGUAAUGAAACUCAAAUUUUGGGGUUACUUUUUUUUUUUUCCAUAUAAAGAAACCAGGGCUGGAGAAUUUGAUUUGUAAA